CCAACAACCAAUGAGAAGAGGAAGAGUGCGAGGGAAGCUUCGUUCAAGGAACUAGCGCGAAACAAACAGCCCCGGGCCUCUCACUCGUUCUGUCCAAUUAUUUUACCCUAUAAAAAACCCUUUUCCAUUUCAGCUCUUCCUUUCUCUUCAUCGACGAGGGUUUCUCCAUAGCUCUCGUCUCCUUCCCUUUCUCCCCCGCUGUUUAUUUUUUCCCCUCGUCGUUCAGGGAUUUGCUUGCGCGUCAAAUGUCUGUUAAUCUCAGUGACGGACAUUCAUGCCUCGUUCGCAGUGACUUUGAUCUUAUGUAUCGUGACCGCUUGUGGUGUCCUCGCCUAUUCCGGCACUGGACUUAAUAGAUUUUGAUUGGCUUGUGGGAGACUUCUGUUGAGAUUUUGCUAUUGCUCUGGGCUUGCUGCUGCUGUGAUGGUUAUGUAGAUCCAUAAGAUAUUAUAUUCGGUGUUAAGUACAGCAGGGAUUUGAUUUUUGUUAGAGCAAAAAUAUUUCACUAUUUAAAGGACGACAAUAAAGAGAUAUUUUAGAUAUGGCGAGAACAUUCCUCCCACCUGGUUUCCGUUUUCAUCCAACUGAUGUUGAGCUAGUUAGGUACUACCUGAAAAGGAAGGUAGUCGGAAAGCCACUUUGUUUCGAAGCCAUUUCAGAAAUUGAAUUGUACAAAUUUUCUCCUUGGGAUCUUCCAGAAAAAUCUUGCUUGCAAAGCAAAGAUCUCGAGUGGUUUUUCUUUUGCGCUCGAGAUAGGAAAUAUGCAAAUGGGCAGAGGGCGAAUCGUUCCACUGAAAGAGGGUACUGGAAAACCACUGGGAGGGACAGACCUGUCUGUCAUAAUUCCCAGACUGUAGGGAUGAAGAAAACUCUGGUUUUCCAUGUAGGUAGGGUACCUCGAGGAGAUAGAACUGACUGGGUAAUGCACGAGUACAGGCUUGAUGACCAGGAGCUGGUUGAUGCUGGCAUCCCGCAGGAUGCAUUUGUGCUUUGCAAAAUUUUUAAAAAGAGUGGACCAGGCCCGAAAAAUGGUGAACAGCAUGGAGCACCAUUUAGAGAAGAAGAUUGGGAUGAUGAUGCUGCAAACAAUUCUUCGUUAUCUCUUCCUCUUGCUGGCUCUAGUUCUCCUUCACCUGGUUCGGCAGACGGCCAAAAUAUGGUCAUGACAAACUGCGCAACCGAGGCUGGGAUAGGGUGUGAUUCAUUGAUGGAACCACAUCCUCGACUGUCUCCUGUUGUUGGCGAGGAGGAUCCUUCUUUGCUUGAGUAUUUUAAUGUCAAUGAGCUGCUGUCGAAAUUGUCUGACAAGGACAUUGACGCUUCAGCUUCCCAUGGAAGUCAUACUGCUGAGAAACUGGACCAAUCCAUUCCAUGUGGAACUGUUGCUGUUGAAAGGACAGAUCCUCUCAACAAUGAUGAGAUUUUCAAUGGUUUAGAUGAUAUCACAAGUCAUGCAGAGCUGAAUAUGAUCAACAAACUAUACACUUCCAACGUGGAAGAUGAGCAUGUGUUGCAUCAAAUGCCAUUAAAUGUUGGCGAUAGCUCUUAUCUGGAGUUAAAUGAUCUUCAGUUUCCGAUAGAGGAUGAUUUUUCUGAAUUUGGAAAAUCGAAUGAUCUGUUUGCUCAUAGCAACCCACUGGAUACACCUGCUUCUGGGAUUGAUGAUCUUAGCAGCAAUUUGGAACAUCAAGCAGUCAUGCAUGGCCCUGCUGCUCCUUCAGUUCAGACUGCAGAAGAAAUUGCAAACGAAUCUGUUACACAAGCGUUGUUAGGAGGUGAACAACACGAAGUGUCAUCGAUAUUGGGGCAUCUAACCAAUGGAGGGGCUUAUCUGCUGGGUUCUAUCCCUGCUCAUCCUGCUGCAGCUGCGGAGUACCCAUUUUCUCUUGGAAUGGAUGAUUCUAAGGGCGGUAAUCCUUGUUGUGGGAGCUCCAUUCAUGUCAAGGCUGAGGUGACAGUCGCUUGUGUUUGCACUAUAGAUGUUACCGCAGAGGGCAAACCCAGGAACUUCCCUUGCACCAGUUGUUAUGGAGGCAAGCCAUCAAGGAAAUGUCCGGGCGACCCGUCUUUCCAUGGGGGUGGGGGUUUCAUGUUCGUGUUUCUACUGGGAGUGGUAUCAGCUUUGAUGUGGCUCUUUAUUCUUGCAAUGAGUGCCAAACUUGGAAGAUGUGCAUGGAAGCACUUUCUUUCUUGGUAGCAUCAUCUUCACUCUUCUUAUUUGAAUGUCUUGUUUUUGUAGGCUUAUGUAACUGUCUAUGUCGACUUUGUGAUGUUUGUGGCCAUGCUGCUUUUGACGUUGGGAUCUUUUUUUCUUUUAAAUUAAAUUACUGUGGUUUGAUAGACAUAA